GGGACGGCCGUGGACCCCGCCGGGCGGCGGCGAGGGGGCUGCUGCGCCGGGCGGCCGCGGCCGCGGAGGGGUUCCGGGAAGACCCGAGAGGCGCGGCGGGCCGGCCCUGUUGAGGGGCUGUCUCGGAUCCCGAGCCAGGAGGAGCCUCGGGAGGAGGCGGCGGCCAGACCUGAAUUCCAUAAACUGGAUAGCCUUGCAUUUUGCAGUGGGGGCAAAGCAUUUAUCUGCGAUGGAUUUCUUGCUCAAUCACAAGGCCCAGGUGGAUGUUGCUGAUAAGGAGGGGGACACUGCCCUGCACCUCACAGCAAAGCAUGGUCACAGCCCUGCGGUCCCGUUGCUGCUAACCCAGUGGCAAGAAAUAAAUAAAACCAAUGAGAAUGCAGAAACACCAUUCUUUCUGGCUAUUGAAGGAGGUCAUGAAGAAUGCAGCAAAGUGCUACUGGCAGGAGGAAGUGAUAUUAACAUUCCAAAUAAAGAGCAUGGUGAAAGCAUCAGGGACCCAUCAUGUCUCUUUAUUCUGACAUUCAAGCAAGAUCACAGUCCAGAGACCAGGCAUAUUCGCAGUCUCCUCUGGAAACUGGUUUUACCCCUGAAAGCCAAUGAGUGGCAGAGGCUGUCCUGUACGUGGAACUUCACAGAGGACCAGAUCAGAGCCACAGAGGAUCAGUGGUCAGGAAGGGAAAGCUUCCGUGAACAUGGCCACAGGACUCUGCUUAUCUGCCUGCAUGGGACCCUAAUGACACAGGCCCCUCCCGUCAAGCAUCUGUAUGAAGAGUUGGUACCCGCAGGUUUCCCGGAACUAGCUGAAAAUAUCUGUCAAUUCAGAAGCAAAACUGACUCAAGGCCCAUGAAAUGUGGUUUCAUAAAUGCCUAAAAAAUUGUAUUGAAUGACUUUCCACUCAGUAUCCAGUCUAUGUUCACUUCACUAAUGCCAUAAAGUUCAUCUAGCCAUAGUAUUAAUAUUCCUUUCAACUAUGAAGAUGGUGGUGACAGGAUCCUCUAACAGAUGGAAAGAUGGUAUUAUACUUCCCAGUCACUGAAAUGAAGUAAAAAAUAUUAUUGGUUUUGCUUAAGACAAGUUGUGUUUGAUUUUCCGAUUUGUCAUUUGAUGGAACAUAAGUGAUUUGGCAUAAUCUAGGAUUUUGUACAUCAUGUUUUAAAAAAAAAUGGUGGGAGCAGUUUCACGGUAUAUGGAAAAGGGAUUUAGAAUAGACAGACAUGGCUUUUUAAUCAUGGUUUAUUAGCUGUAAGCCUUUGGGCAUGCUAAUAUUCAAGUUUUCAGAUCUUCAGUUUCCUUCUCUAUAAAAAGGGGAAAGUUCUAUCUCCUCCAAGGCAUUGAGGGUAAAGGUGGAAUGCCUAUUAAAUACCUAACCUCAUGCCCACAGUACUGGAAAUAUUAACUGUUAGUUACUUUUCAUCAGUAAGAGAAACUAGCUUUGGAAAUUUAUAGUUCAUUGUUGGCUUUAAGUAACACCUAUAUGUAAUACAUUAUUUAGAAAGGACCAGAAAUGAUAUAUGAAUGUUUUUAAUCUCCUGUGAUGCAAUUACAGGUCUUUAUUUUCUUUGUACUUUUUUGGUAUUUUCUAUUUUUUUCACAAUGAACAUGCACUAUUUUUAUAAUUGGAGGAACUUAUGAAGAAAGCAAAUACCAGUUUAUAUCAGUUUAUGUGCAUCUAUUCAUUAUAAUUUAAGGCUCUGCAUUCUCAAAUGCUGACUUUUUAGUCUUUAAGGCCAGAAAAAAAAUCAUGAGCAAUUUCAGUCUAGUUAAGCUAUCAUGAAUUUAUAGUUCUAUACCUUUGUCUCAUGUUGAUUAUAAAUGGCCCACUUAAAGUUAUGAAUGUUUAAAUCAUGUGAUUCCAAAAAGUUUUUUAAAAAGGUAUGCAGUGAAAAGUCUUGCCCACAUCUGUUCUUUACUAUGUAGUUUCCACUGACCUUGCUACUCCUCCCCCACCAAAAAAUCUGGGUAACUUCUUUAUGCAAAAAUAAACAUGUGAAUGCAUUAUUAACAAUAUAUAAAACAUACAUAAAUGUUCUAAUUGUUGAAUUUAAGUUAACUUAGGCUAACUUUAUUUACUUGUGCUUUGGACAAUAUAUAAUUUCUAGAGCUUAAGGCUUAAAAAGAUGCCUAUAAUAGUCUUAAUUACAAUAGUCAAAAUAUUCACUUUAGUUUGUCCAUGCUGUUAUGGUUUGGAUACUGAAAAUCAUUCCUUGUUACUGUCUAGGCUCCUCAAAAAGCAGAGCCUGAGGCUAUAGUUUACGAGCAACUCCUUUUUCCAGGAGUGCAAAUCCUAGGAGGCAGGAGUGAAGGAAAAUGGGAGUGAGAUGGGGAAGGAAUGGGCGCUAAGACCAGGGUGAUUUACCACAUUGGCUGGCACUGCUAUCAAGCACAACUGAUUAUUUGACCUUGAGGGUACUCUCUUCCAAGUGAUGGGAUGGACUAGUACAUUGCAGGGUAAUUCAUAAAUGGGGGCAAGGAAGAAUUGAUAUUUACUGCAAUGGGGUGUUAAUUCUGGACUGGACGGCUGACGCGUGGGCUCCAUGUGGAGCCUGUGGUCCCCUGAGACUUCUCGGAGCACCGGGAAAGCCCAGGAGAGCAGCAUGCCCAGGUGCUAGGUGGGCAGCGCUUGGUGAUGGGCUGUUGCUCUGUGCUUGCUGAAACCCAUAAGGAGCUCUUGGCCACAGUGGUACCUGGGCCAGAACUAAGAACAUGUGUUGCAUAAGAAGGAGCCAAUAUUCUUUUAAGACACAGCCAGGUAUUUGUAUAGCUCAGAGAAGCCUUGGUGUAACCGAGGCAUUGAGGGUAAAGGUGGAAUGCCUAUUAAAUACCUGUAGGUAUUUGCCUAUCUCACAUCUGUUCUCUCAUGUCCCAUUACAAUGUGAGGCUAAGAAAAACUAUGUCCUACAAUAAAGUUAAGAGCACAGAGCUAGAUCAUGUUCAAACUGAAAGAGGCUUCUGAUUUUUAAGUCCAUCCACUUCUGUUACAGAUAGGGAAACUAAUGCUCUAGACAGAUACUUCAGAAUCUACUCAUUUUUGUAACCUAUAAGUACUUUGUGAAAUAGGGGAGGUAGGUAGAUCUCAUUGCUUCGUAGGUAAGGAUCCUGAGACAUUUAAAUUUAGUGUCUGGCCUAAGAUAAAGCAGUCAGCCAUCAAUAAAACCAUCAGAAAUCUGGUCUUGUUCUUCUGACUUUUACCCAGAUGGUUUCUUCUCGUUGGUCAGUCAUUAAAAAGUCUCUGCUCAGGUGUGGAAGGUUUGCUCAGCUGCCUGGGCCACACCACCACAUGGCAAUGUAUGGAUAAGAGGGUAAAAGGGCCCAAAUUCUGUAGUGUUUCAGAAAGGCAAGAAAGAACAUCAGAAGUAGGAUUAUUCUAACAGGAAAUUUCUUUUCAUUUUUUUUUUUUUAUGUUUUUUUCAUGUUUUUGUGUUAGUGAGAAAAAAUUUCCCUCUGAACGUUGGAAAUUACUCAUAGGUACUGCCAUUUCCCCCUAUCUUAGAGUUCCAGAAAAAUGAAGACUAACUAAUACUCUAAAGUCACAAACUUUGUGAUAGACUAUCAUUAUUAUUAUGCUUGGUCUUUAUCUUUUUAACUUUCAAAUAAAAAUACCUUAGUUUCUAUCAGUUUUAAUAAAUUUUUUUUUUGCAUUUUACACCAUUUAAUCACGAGACCAAACAUAGUUUCCCUUUUUUUCUAGUCUAAAUAGCUGAGUUCUGUUCUUCUUCUUUAACAUUUUAUUUUAUUUUAUUUUGGUAUCAUUAAUCUACAAUUACAUGAAGGACAUUACGUUUACUAGGUUCCCCUCUUCACCAAGUCUCUCCCACAUACCCAUUCACAGUCACUGUCCAUCAACAUAGUAAGAUGCUGUAAAAUCACUACUUGUAGUU